AUGGGCAUCCCCGAUGACGACUUCGACUCUGGGGACGCGCUCUUUGACGAUGUGGAUGAAGAUGACCUCCUAUUCGACGGUGUCGAAGAAUCUGAUCUGAUCGAAAAGACCCCUGGAAAGCAUAGCAGAGGCAAAGAGGACGACAAUGUUCACGUCAAAAAGGCUCGACAUGGCUCCAUCAGCACAACCAAUGGUCAGCUUGGUGAGACUCAAAGACUCCAGAUUGCGCAGAGAAUAUUGGCAGAUAACUUCCGCUACAAAUCCUUUCGACAUGAGCAAGAAGCCGCCAUCAGCCGAAUUCUGAAUGGAGACAACGCCCUUGUUGUCUUUCCCACUGGAGCCGGAAAGUCACUUUGCUACCAGAUACCUGCCAUCGCCUUCCCAGAGAUGGACAAGGUGACGAAAGAGCGACAUGCCGAUGAUUCCGGAAUCACCAUCGUUGUUUCACCCUUGAUCGCUCUGAUGAAGGAUCAAGUCGAUGCCCUCAAGCGAAAGGGCAUUGCAGCAGAGUGCAUGGACUCAACCAAGACAUGGGAGGAAAUACAAAAGAUCAACAAAGAUCUCCGCGAGGGCAAGCUGCGCCUCUUGUACUGCGCCCCCGAGCGCCUCAACAACGAAGGAUUCGUUGGCAUGAUGAAGUAUGUCAAGGGCGGAGUCAGACUGAUUGGUGUGGAUGAGGCACAUUGUAUCUCAGAGUGGGGUCAUUCAUUUCGUCCUGAUUAUCUUAAAGUUGCACGAUUCGUCAAAGAGAUUCAAGCAGAGCGUGUCAUUUGCCUCACAGCUACAGCCACGCCGCCUGUAAUCGACGACAUUUGUAAAGCUUUCGAUAUCUCCAACGACGGGGUUUUCAAAACAUCUGUGUAUCGUCCCAACCUACGAUUGGAAGCAGAGGCUGUCCAAGCGAAAGAUGACAAGUACGGUCUUUUGUAUGAGUUUUUAAAAACACACCCUGGCUCAACUCUGAUCUACGCUACUCUUCAAAAGCAAGCUGAAGAGUUGGCGCAACAUCUCACUAGGAAGGGAUUUCCUGCCGCUCAUUUCCACGCCGGCAUGAAGAUAGAGGAAAAGAAGGCGAUCCAAGAUGAUUUCAUGACAUCCAAGAUCCAAACCGUUGUGGCUACCAUCGCAUUUGGCAUGGGCAUCGACAAGCCAGACAUCCGGAAUAUUAUUCAUUGGGAUGUCCCCAGCACCGUCGAAGAAUACUGCCAACAAGUCGGCCGCGCUGGCCGUGAUGGCAAACAGAGCUACUGUAUGCUGUACCUCUGCCGCGAAGACUUUUGGAUACGCGAAAACUUUGCCCGUGGCGACCUUCCGUCACGGAACUCUCUACGCGAUCUUCUCAAGGACAUUUUCGACGAUGACGUGGUCAACCUUCGCCAAGGUGAGACUUUCAAGGUCAGCCACUAUGGCCAGUCUACGAAAUUCGAUAUCCGUAUCAGCCCCCUAAGCGUGAUCUACGCAGCGUUGGAAUUGAAGUUUAAUCUUAUUCGCGCUACGACGCCAGAGUACAGCUCGUACAAGUUCGAAGCAACCUCGAGUUACUACCCUCGCCUCAAGGUCAUCAACACACCGGAGAGCAAAGCUAUUCUUCAACACGCAAAGAAAGCAAAGAAGUUCCAUUCCAUCGACCUGACACAGGUAGCCAACAAAGAGGGGUUGCGACGAAGUGAUUUGGUUAAUCUCCUCAAUGAUCUCAACAACAACGGCGCCAUUGUCCUCACAGUGGGUGGGGUGGAACAAAAGUACAAAGUCCUGGCCAAGCUACCCAUGACCGACACCGCAAUCGACAAACUGACGGACGAGCUCUACGAAGACCUUAAGAGGCGCGAGAAACAAGCUCUGGAACGUCUUACAGAGGUUGUUAACUUUGUUACAUCCCCCAAGUGCUUUGGUCUCUCACUCGCGCAACACUUUGGCAUGGACCUUCCUUCCAACUCCAAGAAAUGCGGCCACUGCACAUUCUGCUAUCAAGGCCAACGGGUUGCACUGCCGCCUGCUUCACCGAAAAAGGUUGACAGGUCUGCGAUCAACCAGGUGCUCGCAGCGACGGAUGUUCGCGAUGACGCGCGGUUCCUGGCAAGGAUCGCAUUUGGUAUCAAGAGUCCUCGUGUUGGCAAGCUCAAGCUUGACAAGACCAAGGCAUUUAUGUGUAUGGCGGAUCAGGAUUUUGAUGCGAUUUUGAAAGAGUUUAAGAAGGCAUGUAAGGAAAAGGAUGACUGA